GCUCGGUGGGGACGCGGGGGCAGCCAGCCUCCGUCACUGCCUCCAUCCCGCUCCGUCACCACCCUGCCCAUCAGCACCCCCUCCACAACCAACCCAAUCAUCCCUAAAUCGCCAUUUGCGUUACCAUCUCCCAGCUACCCAACUCUCGGAAGGAGCACGUAAAAGCCAGGCUAAGAUUUUGGGGGGAGUUUUCCAGCUCAGCACAGACCCUCACAACCAAGCAUUUCCAGAUGUCGUCACCCCCGGGCCCCCUCCGGGCAGGCUGGGACGGCCAAUGCCUCAGUGUGGGAUGGAAGAGGUCACCUGAAACCCAUCGCAUCCCACCUUGAGAUGUGCAAAUGAGCCACUUCCAAACCGCCCCACCCAUCCUGAAAACAGAAUGGGCCGGAGCAGAGCAAUUAAGGAGGGAAGUGGGAAGGACGGCUGGAAGCCAGUAAAAGUUUUUUUACACAGCAGAAGAAAGCAGCAAUGGUUAAAAGCUGAGGGCAGUGCAGAGCGGAAGGGAAGCAGCAGCGCCUGAACGAGUGUGUGUGUGUGUAAGAGCAUCUGCGCAGCUCCACAUACACAAACCAAAAAAAAAAAAAGCAGAAGUCGGGGGUAGUGAAUUAGCAGUUGGGGACUGAGAAAAUCCAUACAGGAAACAAAACAAAAGAGAAAUCUCAGGCCACUGGGGCUGAGGACGCUGAGAGGGCGCUUCUGACAUAGAUGAAGUUGAUAAAGAAAAGUGCGAUCGCUGGGAGCUGGGACAGCCGCCCGCGGGAAGGGGGGCAGGCACCCGGAUCCGCCGGCCGCUCCUCCGUUCUCAGGAAAAGAGCCAGAAGGUGCAAUUAUGCAUAAAGCAACGGCAGGAGGAAUUAAAAAGCAGAUUUCAAGCGCGGCCGCCUCGCUGGAGCCUCGGCAAUGAAUGGGCACUCGCUGCCGGCCGGCACGCCAGCGCAUCCCCGGGGCUGGCAUGAGUUCUGCGAGCUGCACGCCAUCAGCACCGCCAAGGAGCUGGCGCGGCACUACCUGCGCUUCGCCACCGAGCACCCGCACCAUGACCUCCUGGCCGCCGAGAACUUCUCGGUGCAGUUCACCGACCUCUUCCAGCAGUACUUCUGCCACGAGGUGAAGGAGGGCAUCGCCAUGAACCAGCUCCGCAUCCUGCCCGCCGGCCCGGCGCGGGAUUACCGGGACACGCACCGGCGGCACACCGAUGCUUCCCUGGGCACGGUGGCCACCAAAGCCGAGGCGGAGCCCGGUGCCCGCCCCGAGCAGCCCGUCCGAGCCCCCGAGGCUGCUCCCUCUGGACUGCGCAAGUCCUGGAGCUCGGAGGAGCUGGCGGGGCCGGCGCGGAGGCCCUUCUCGCUCAGCCAGCUGCGCAGGAGCUGGCGCAGCCUCUUCCGACGCCGCUCCUCGGACGCGCUCCCCGGGGAUGGCGAUGGGGAGGCGGCGGAGGCGGCUCUCAAGCCGGGACUGGGGAAGCGCAUCCUGCCCUGGGGGCUGUCGCGGGAGCAGCCCCCCGAGGUGCGCAAGGAGGGGCUGCUCAAGUACGGGCUGCUGGAUGAGAAUUCCCUGGACAGCGGGACGCGCUGGCAGCGCUGCCGCCUGGUGCUGCGGCGAGCGGGGCCGCCCGACGCCGAGGAAUUUGUGCUGGAGCUCUUCGACCCACCCAAGGGCUCCAAGCCAAAGCUGCUCGUCGCCUGCUCCGCUGUGCAGGAGGUGCGGAGGUGCACACGCCUCGAGAUGCCCGACAACCUCCACACCUUCGUCCUCAAGGUCACCAACGCCACCGACAUCCUGUUUGAGGCAGGGGAUGAGCAGCAGCUCAGCUGCUGGACGGCCGAGAUCCGGGAGUGUGUGCGCAGGGGCAGGUCUGACACGGGUGACCCUGAGCUCCUGACGUGCCGACACCCCGACCCUACGGCCGCCAGCCCCACCACCAGCACCGACCCCGUCAGCCAAGGGACGACGCCGGGGGGCCCGGGGGAGGCGGCGGGGCCGAAGAUGGAGCAGUUCCUCUCCUCCUGCCCCUGGUUCCACGGGCCCAUCUCCCGCGUGAAGGCGGCUCAGCUGGUGCAGCUGGGGGGGCUGGAGGGCCACGGCGUGUUCCUGGUGCGGCAGAGCGAGACGCGCCGCGGCGAGUACGUGCUCACCUUCAACUUCCAGGGCAGAGCGAAGCACCUGCGGCUGGCGCUGACGGAGCGGGGCCAGUGCCGUGUCCAGCACCUCCGCUUCUCCUCCAUCGUGGAGAUGCUGCACCACUUCCACCGCUACCCCAUCCCGCUGGAGUGCGGCACCGCCUGCGAUGUGCGGCUCUCCAGCUACGUCGUCGUGCUGCCCCAGGCACAAGCUCCCGGCUCCACCACCACGGUCCCCCUCCCUCUGCCCUUCCCGGGCUGGAGCCCGGAGUUCAGCCUCGUCCCCGCCAGCUCCUCCUGCCUGCACGGCCCCGACGAGCCCCCCGGGGGUCCCCCAGCAGAGCAGAUCUUCCACCUGGUGCCACCGCCAGCCGAGCUGGCGCAGAGCCUGCGCUCGGCCAGGGCCACCGCGGCCACCGCGCCCCGGCCCCGCGACUCGGACUAUGAGGUGGAGGCACCGGGCCGGGGCCACGUCCGUGCCAUCGACAACCAGUACACGCCACUCUGACCAGCACGGCGCCGGCACUGGGAUGCACUUUCGGGUGGAGAAAUCCUGGAGACCUUCUGGGGCAUCCAUCGAGAGAAAGAAUGUACCUGUUUCUUCCUUCUGGUUAGGGAUUAUUAUUGUAUUUUUGCAAGGAAGGGGGUAAUUUUUCACUCCUGUACGGGUGUGCUCCCUCUCGUUGGCCUGUUAAAGGGCCUCUUAUUGUUGUUUUUGUUGUUCUUAUCGAAGCUUUCUCAUUACUGUUUACACAACGCCGCUCGUGCCUGUGCCGGGCCCAGUGUCCUGCCUGUCCCUGACACGACAGCGCCCAGCCAAGGAACCAGGGGCUUGUGUUACACCCAUGGAAUUGGAGAAAGUUAAAAAAAACCCAGGAUAACAAGAAAAGAAUGAUUAUAAAUUCAUUGCCAAGUUGCUGCUCCAGGCCUCAUCCUCCAGCCCCGGCUGCUGAACCCACCAGCAAAGCCCGACCUGAGCUGAGCUCCCACCAAGGGUGGUGAGCAGGGUUUGGGCAUUUUUUUUAGCUAAGGCAAAAACUGGCUUUUUCUUGCUUUUCCUUUUUAACCCAGCACAGCCGUGGUCACUCCCUGCGCCAGGCAGAGGGAUCCUCAUCCUGCUCUCCCGGCUGAUUGAGACUGAACACUAAUUGCUCCAUCCUUAGCCAUGGCACCAGCUGAGAACUAACACAGAGACUGACACAAACCUCUCCUGCUGGUGAGGGAGGGGUUUAUCCCAUUUUAUCCUGGUGAUGGAUGCGUUCUAUCCCGGUGAUGGAGGCUUUUUAUCCCUGUGGUGAAUGGGUUUUUAUCCCGGUGAUGGAGGUGUUUUUAUCCUGGUAAUGGAGCUGUUUUAUCCUGGUGAUGGAACAGUUUUAUCCCAGUGAUUUUAGGCACAAAUCCAAAGUCAGUUUUCCCCGUAAAGAACCCCCCUACUCUCACUUGCCUUUUUCCCCUCUAAACACCCUGUCACCAGGAGCUUGGUGGCAUUUAAAGCUCCACAACGGCCUCGAUGGGGGUCCCUGGGGACACCUCCUCACCUGGAGGAAAAACCUGUCCAAAUCCCUGGGUCUCAGCAUCCCCUGAUCCCCAACUGUCCCCAAACUCUGCUGCUGUUCCUGAGCCCCCGGGGCUGUUUCACCUGCCUGGGGCAGCCGUGAGAGAGGAAGCACUUCUGAGAAGCUGCCUUUAUUUUAGGAAAGAGGAAGGGCUGGAGCCGUUGCGCCACACAGGAGGGGAUGUUCACAGUAUUCAACUUCCAGAUUUCCCAGCGCAGCCUUCCCUGGGAUUUCGGAUGCAAAACUUGCCUUGAGAUUGCCUUACAGAAAGCUUUUUUUAUUUCUACUUUCCUUGAAAUUGCAAUACAGGUGGGAGCCCUCAGGAGCAUUAACAUUUAGCAAUUAAUUUGAAAACCAGCAAACACAAAGCCUCGUUGGGCUGAGUUAGGGAAUGCCACAAAAAUCCAGCCUCUAGGACAGGCUUUGCAGGUUCUGGGUGAGCCCAAAGUCCAAGGAGACAAAGUCAGGAGCUGAAGGGCAAGGCCAAAAUAUCUGGGGCCAAACAGCCCAGCAAGCAGCCCUGAGAGCAAAUCUGGGUUUAUAAAUCAAAUUAUGAGGCUGGGACAAACAGGAACCAUCAAGUGGAGAAACCAUUUAGGUUUUCCUUUUGUGCCUCCCCAUUGCUUGCUCUUGCUCUCUCCUGGGCUUUGUGCAUUUAGAGCAGGCAAGGGCUUUUUCCCCCCCUCCUUUCUCUACACUCGUGCCUGAAACUGGAGCAUUAAGAGCAAAUUGCACUGGUCCUGCAGCACUGCCAGCCCCGGAGAGGCUGAUGGAGGAACAAAGCCAGCCCUGUCCUCGCUGGGCUCCUCAGCUGUAUCCGCAUCCCAUUCUCCUCCCUGGAGCAGCACAAAGGCUGCAGCCAGAGGCAGGAGCACAUCCCCGGGGCUGCCUUGUGCCAGGCAAGGCAGCUCCCUCCCAGGCUCAUAAAUAACUCCCCGUGCUCUUGCAUUUGUAGGGAUGGGGAAGGGAAGGGGGGACAGCACAGCACAAGUUGUCGUUUCCUUCCCUUGCUUGCUGCCUGCUUCCCAAAGCCUUGGAAAAAACACAGGGGUGUGCUAAAUCUUGCUCAGAUUGCUGGUUUUAGUCCCACUGAGCUCCGGGGAGCUGCAUUCAAAGGGGUUUUCCCCCAAAAGGCGAGGUGGAAUCACCCGAAUCUCCCGACAUCUGCAAAGAAAGGACGGGCUGGGAAAAGGCAGUGCUAUUCACAUGCCUUGCCAGAUGAAUCCAGAGAAAUCCUUGCCAGAUAAAUCAGAUGCUGCUGGGGUGGGUUGUUUUGGCACUCCAGGACUUUAUUGUUCCAGUGCCAGAACUGAAACAUGCAUGUGCAUGUGGUAUUUUUAACCUGCAGCUUAAUUACAAGGGGGUUCUCCGCAGUUUAAAUGGAAAUUGCUGUGCUUGAUUAGUAAAAUACACUUUGGGUUCAUUAUCUCCCUGUCAGCCACUUCCCCCAUGCAAACAAACUCCACUGGGGGAGAAUUCCUGUUCUCCCCACCAGUGAGCAGUGGGAGAGUCCCUCUGAUUAUUUAAUAGCUAAUUCCAUCCCCAAACUCACCCACAGGCAGCCGAGGGCUGUCCAGCCCUGCCAGCUCCACCAGCUCAUUUCAGAUCCACUGCAGCAGGACCUGAGGGGAUUUUUGGGCUAUUUCCCAAGCUCCCAGGGGGAACUGAGUUUGAAAUCCUAUUUCUUCUAGAAAACAUCUGGCUUGUGACACAGGUGAGAGCAAGACUCUGCUCCUGCCAGCACGUUACUCCAGCCCUAAGGUGCUCACUCCUCUGCAUUACAGCAGUGAGCAAAGAGCAUGAAGCCAUUCCACCCUAGGGAAUAGAAGCAUUUUGUAGGAAUUUUUAUAUUCUUGUGACUUGAAAGAAGAGCCCAGGGAUGGGCAGGUUUGGUUCCCCAGCCCCCGUGGGCUUUUACUGGCAUUUGUGGGAAUUUUGGGAGGAGGGGAAGCCAAGGGCAGGCAGCCCCUCAGUUUGUGCCUCGGCCCUGGAGAUGGGCACGUGGAACACGAGUUUGGAUCCCACCUGAGGAAGCCAGGAGCCACAGGAGCAGCUCUUGGAGCUGGAGGCCCUGCCCGAUGGCCUUCCCAGCAGAGGCUGGGGGUGGGGAGCCCCAUUUCAUCCAGUUCCUCAGGACAGUUUUUAGCAAUAAAGAUGAAAACCAGGCAGUGCCUUUGCUCUGUGACAGCAGGGACUUGGUUUAGGGCACAAUCCAAGACUUGGAAUUCCUCCCCCUCCUCUUCCUCUUGCUGUUUGCUGACAGCCACUCCUGCUCGGUGGCCUUUGUGUCCCCGAGGGUGUCAGGUUCUGAAGGAGCUCCUGACAUGAAGCAUUAGUUGAUGUCUCCCUCCCUCCCUCCCACAUCCCAGCCCUGUGGAACAGCCCCAGCAGGUACCAAACACUGACACCACCAUUCCUCACCCACCCCUUUGGAUUGAAGCUAUUUUGGGGUGAAACUUCUAGGAAAAGAUCCAGGGAGAAGCCAAAGCUUCUCAUUCCUCAUCUGGACCACCAAAUCCCGUGGCAUCCAGCAUUCCAAACUUUUAGCUUUGAUCCAAACAGCCCCAACAUUCCCCAGCAGCUCCCAGAGGCAGGGAGGUGACUCUGUAUUCCCUAACUCAGCCUUUAGCAGGACGAUUAAAGCCAACAAUUUUGUUGGGAGUGUAUUAAUUUGAAAGUUCUACUUUUCACCUGCACAGAAAAGUUCUUCUUGUAUAGUAUUUUUUUUUCUAUAUAUUGUUUCUGUAUGUACUGUACAAGUAACUUAUUCUUGAAUAAUGCGAUUUUACCAUAAUAUUAAAAAAAAAAAAUCUGCUCUUAAUAAACUGUUUUUAGAACUUG